UUCAUUAAAGCCGUUCUUUGUUAAAAACGACUGCAACUUUUGCUUCUAUCGGAUAGACUUUUUUUCGCCGCCAAUUCAAGCGUAAACCAUACUUCUAAAAAUGGAUACGGAUAUUCAAAGAUGCUUCCGGAGCAAAACGGUGUUCCUAACUGGAGCCACCGGCUUUUUGGGUAAAGUCGUUAUUGAGAAACUUUUGCGGACCACAGAGGUGAAACGCAUCUAUGUGCUAAUUAGACCAAAGCGCGGAGUUGAGAUUAAGGAUCGGAUUAUCACCUGGUCAAAAGAUGCGGUAUUUGAACUGCUGCUGAAGUCCAAGCCGGAGGCACUUCAAAGAGUAUGUCCCAUCGCUGGGGAUUGCCUCGACUUUGAUUUGGGAAUCAGCGAGAAUGAUCGAAGACUUCUGGCCUCCGAGGUGCAGAUUGUCAUCCAUGGAGCUGCCACCGUGCGAUUCAAUGAGCCGCUUCACGUGGCCCUGGCCAUCAACACAAGGGCCACCAAGCUGAUGAUUCAACUGGCCAAGGAAAUGAGGCAGCUGGAGGCCUUCGUUCAUGUAUCGACCGCCUUCUCCAACUGCGUUAUCUACAACAUCAAGGAAAAUUUCUACCCCGAGCAUCUCAACUGCAGUUCCGAUAAGGUGCUUGCAAUGGCAGAGCUGAUGAGUGACGAGCUACUGGACAACAUGGAGCAAGCGCUCCUUGGCUCGUUUCCCAACACGUACACGUACACCAAAGCACUGGCGGAGGAUGUGAUCCUGAAGGAAGCGGGUGGCUUGCCACUUUGCAUCUUCCGACCGGCAGUCAUUAUUGCGGCCCACAAGGAACCCAUCUCCGGCUGGAUAGACAACAUGUACGGACCAAUGGCAAUUCUUUUCGGGGUGGCCCGUGGAGUACUGCGCAUUGCCACCAUCGAUCACCAUGCCGAGGCAAGCCUGGUGCCCGUGGAUUAUUGUGCCAAUUUGACUCUGGCCUGUACCUGGAAGACCAUUGUGGAAGGUAACGAGAUGGGAACACAAGAAACUCCUCUCAUCUACCAACUGGCGCCCAUUGAGCAGAACAAGAUCACCCACGGGGAGUUCAUUCGACAUGCUCUCGAUGGACGCACCAACUGCCCGCUGACAAAGAUGAUAUGGUAUCCCUUCAUCCACUGCAUCACAGUGCCGUGGCUCUUCCCCCUGGCAGCUUUCUUCUAUCACACCCUGCCAGCCUACUUUUUUGACCUGGCUCUCUGGCUGAGUGGCCGGAAGCCCAGACUAGUAAAGGUUUACCAAAAGAUCCACAAGACUCUCGGCAUCCUGGGCCCAUUCGCCUGCAAAAGCUGGCGCUUUGACAUGCGGAAUACGGAUCACUUGAGGCAGCAGAUGUCGGAGGAGGAUCGAAGGAUAUACUACUUUGAUAUGGUCAGCCUCAACUGGAAGGAAUACUUCGUUCAAGCUCUGCGUGGCAUGAGACAGUUCUUGGGAAACGAGGCACCCACCCCAGAGUCCAUUGCACAGGGCAAGAAGCUCAUUAAGCGUUUAAAGCUGCUCCAUCAUAUCCUGCAAGGUGUCCUUUGCUUUGUGGCACUACUAGCACUGUGGUCGUUGGUAAGGAUCCUAGUCUGAUUCAGCAGUACAUAGGCAACCCACCGACUCACUUUCGUAAUUGCGUCAUGGAAUUAAAUAAAUAUAUACAACAC